AUGGGUUGGCUCUGGGCUUCGCCGUCUCCUCCCAAGUCUCCCGCUCCGGGACAAGCUUCCCAAGCUCCGGCAUCGACCCCGCCACCAGCGACUAAGCCGACUGAACCUGAGAUGGAUCCCGAGAUUGCAAAGUUCAUCGCCCUCUUCCAAAACGACUCGGGUAACAAGCCAGAGGAACCCGUGCCGGCGCCGGCGCAAUCAUCCACAACGCCCUCCAAGUCAACACCAUCACCCUCCUCGUCAUGGUUCUCCCUCAAAUCCUCCCCGAACAUGCCAUCCCAAACCAACAACCGCACGAUCACGCCACCUUCUGACAAUCCGGUCGCCGAAGCCACCCUGCCGACCGAGAUGUCCUGCCGCCAAGCUUUCGACAUGGCCUUCCACUGCCAGUCCGUCGGCGGACAGUGGAACCACAUCUACCGAUACGGCACGAUGCGCUCAUGCAGCGAACACUGGGAGGACUUUUGGUUCUGCAUGAGGAUCAAGGGAUACUCGGGCAAGAUGAAGGAGGACGUGAUCAGAGACCACUACCGCCAGAAGGAGUACGAGAAGUACGGGAACGGGAAGCCGAGCAGCGAGGACGUUUGGCAGGCCAGGACAGCCAAGGUACCGCCGGGCACGGUCUUCACAGAGAAGUUUGAGGAGCCCACAGUGGACGACGAGGAAUGGCAGAGGAUGGAAAUUGAGAGGCGACGGCAGAUCAGGGAGGGACUGGGCAUUAGUUCGGCGACGGCGUGA